AUGCAAAGUGUUACAAUCUUUAAUUUCUUGUGGAAUCGUCUCCCAUAUUCCUGGGCCGGUGUGUUUCAAACUCAUGCAGAGUACUUUAAUUCUGGCUGGAAGGUAGCUAACGUCGAACAUGCUGUGAUGUUCAUCAAUAAUUGCAUUUCUGACGGUCUUAAUUCAAUAUUUAUUAAAAAACCUCGAACUGGAAGCAACAUCGGGAACGACCACGAUGAUCGACUGGAACAUGAGCUUAAAACCAAAAAAGAACAUACAGGAAGUAUAACCGUGGGUAGCAGAGUCACAGGCAUAGGGGAGCAUGGGGCCGAACUCCCCGAUGGAAAAUGGUUAAGAUAA